ACCGGCUCCGCAGCGGCGGCCGUAGCUGCAGCCGCCGCCGCCGCCCGUUGUAGCGCCGGCGCCGAUGCCUCCUGCGGCGGCCCGGCAGGGAAGAUGGCGCCGUCCCACGUCCUCAAGUGUUGCCAGAAGGCGUUGGCCUGGGUGCCCGUGGCCUUCAUCGCCCUGGUUGUGGCCUGGUCCUACUACGCCUAUGUGGUGGAGCUCUGUGUGUUUACUAUUUCUUCAACUGCAGAAAAAGUUGUCUACCUUGUGGUUUUUCAUCUGUCAUUUGUCAUGUUUGUAUGGUCCUAUUGGAAGACAAUUUUCACAUUUCCUGCAUCCCCCUCUAAUGAGUUCUGCUUGUCAAAAGCUGAUAAAGAACAAUAUGAAAAAGAAGAGAGACCAGAAUCCCAGCAGGAGAUUUUGAGAAGAGCUGCUAAAGACUUGCCUAUCUAUACGACAACAGCAUCGAGAGCAAUCAGAUACUGUGAUCGAUGCCAGCUAAUCAAACCUGACCGCUGCCACCACUGUUCUGCAUGUGACGUAUGUGUACUAAAAAUGGACCACCACUGUCCAUGGGUGAAUAAUUGUGUGGGAUUUUCUAACUACAAAUUCUUCCUCCUGUUUUUAAUGUAUUCCUUACUGUACUGUCUGUUUGUUGCUGCUACAGUCUUGCAGUACUUCAUAAAGUUUUGGACACUUUGCCGCAGGAAAGCUGCAGAGAAUUGUCCAAAGAAUGAAUUGCCAGAUACCCAUGCAAAAUUCCACGUACUGUUCCUUUUCUUUGUGGCCGCCAUGUUCUUCAUCAGCAUACUGUCACUCUUCAGCUACCACUGCUGGCUAGUUGGCAAAAAUAGAUCAACCAUAGAAACAUUCCGUGCACCCACAUUUCGAAAUGGCCCUGAUAAAAAUGGCUUUUCUCUUGGAUGCAGCAAAAAUCUGAGGGAGGUUUUCGGAGAUGAAAAGAAGUAUUGGCUACUCCCUAUCUUUACCAGUUUGGGCGACGGGUGUAAUUUUCCAACUCGUUUGGUGAUUAUGGAUCCAGAGCAACUUACUGUCUCAAGCCAAAAUGAACCUGCUAAAAGCUCUGGAGCCAAUCAGUCCUUUCCUCCUCGACCACUCAGCGAAUCACAAAAUCGAUUGCUAGCCAGUGACAGUCAGUGGGUGGAAAGUGGCCCCGAAGAGGAAAAUGUUAAAUCAGGGGCAAAAAAGAAUAUUAUAGUUUCAUUGGAAAGCUGAUCUCGGCUUGUUACUAACCAACCAUCUCAGUGAGAAACAGGUUCAGCUUUUUCUUCUCAAAUGUCAAGUGAGAAGCCCUCAUCUGAAUGUGAGCUCUCAACAGUACUGCACCAGCAGAAUUUCCUGGGGAAGACCAGAGAGACAGAAUACUGCAAGUUCAAAUGGCUUUUUCUGAAUACCAAAACCUGCAGUCCCAAACACUGGUGCAGCUGUAACGGAGCGCCUGGAAUGUCAUCUGGCUUUUGCUAUAUCAGCGUCUUGCAGCUAAGAUAACACAUGCACAGUCAUCCUCUAGCAGAACUAUAACCAAAAUCUAGGUCUCUAAUGUGGUAAAUAUCACUGAUUUAGCAAUAUGGUCUCUGCUCAAUAUACCCCUAUAUGAAUAUGUAUAUACUGUAGGCUAACAGCAGUAUAACUUGUUUGAUUUUUAAGUCAGGCUAGCUAAUCUACAGGAAAAACUCAAGUAAACAGACUGGGCUAAAUCCAUGUGUGUUCUGUAGCAAGUGCUGGUCUUCUGAAGCCAGUUCUUUGUACACCUGGUGGACAUUUUUGUGGCUUUUCAUGAAGAGCUGAUGUUUCUGACAUCUUUAUGCAGAUCAUGGGUACGUUUUGUCCCAGAUUUUUCUCAUGUUUCAGGUGAGGAGAGCAGGGUGCUUAGGAUACUCUUGAGGCCAGAGUUCCUGUUGGUGUAAAAGCAGGCAUUACUGAAAAGUCACUUUGGCAAACACGAAACAUGUAAAAUGAUUCAAAUAUGAUUCUUCCAAAUUCACCACCCCCAUGCUCCAUUUUUUUACCCCAGAGAACUGGUUACUAAGAGAAACCCCAGACUAAUAGAAAGAAUUAAGUUCUUUAAGGGAAUUGUGUUGAUGAGCUCUAAGGGCCCACCAGUGAGUGGGAUGGGGGAGGGGGUCAGGUUUUCCUGGCAGGCCCCGGCUGUAGAGGAGGUAUCACCUCUAAGGUGGCAGGACAACAUCUUGUGUCUUCCAGAGCUCUGUCCUGCCAGCUCCCCAGCCAUAAGCAAGGGUACUCUGUGCUGUAUCGAAGAGUGAGAUAGGCAAAAGGAGGGAGCAAGCCAGAAAUUAAAAAGUUGGUGAGGACAAACAGCUGUUGGCUGUUGAGUUGUAAGCAGACUUAAGUAUUGUGCCCAGCAGAGGCAGGGGGACGUAGGGGUGCUCCAGGAAAUAGGUCCUUUUGGCCCAUGCAGUGAAGAGCUGGAAACUUCAGGGAAUGCAGUGGGAAGAGCAGCCCUACCUGUUCAGAAGGCCCAAAGGGAGAUUGAUCCUGAGAAAACAACUGGUUUGGGUGCUGGGUCAUGUUGUACGCGCUGGUUUUGUGCUUUAACCCACUCUGUAUCAGAAAGUCUUGAAAAUACGUAAAUUGUCACUGAAAAUAACAGCCCAUAAGCUUUUAGGGCCAUCAAAAUAAUUACUAUUGCAAGCCAUAAAUAGUAUUGUAGUUACUGUAGGAUAGUUGACAUUGGCUGCAAUUACAAACUAUGUUUUAGUAUUUCUUAUUGCUUUUUUCUUUAAAAUAAACCCACAUACACACAAGAGUCAUGGACACAAAAUGACAUUAAACUCCCAGUGUGAGGACAGAAGCCUGAUGUAGGGCAAGAUUUCAGUGUGAUUUCUCCUCCAGAUUUCUGAGACGUCCUAAGAUGAUAGACCUGUCCUGGUGAAGAUAAGGCAAGGAGAUCCAUAAAUAGAAAAGAACACUUAAAACUACACAGCUGUUUUUUUCUUACGAUGAUUUAUUCACAGACUGUACAACAUACAUAUAAUUGCUGCUCCUACCAAAGGCAUGUUUAUAGGAGAAGGGCAGGAAGAGCUGUAGGUUUCUGUCAUAACUCAUUUCCUACAGUAUUAUGCCAAGAUUGCAGCGUCACAAGUUAGAUGCAUCGUAAGCCUUUGAUUGGAAACUUCCACUUUAAAUAUUCAGGGUGUUAUUUUAGAGGGACUUCAGGCACUUUUAUUUUUAGUAACUUAAGCAGAAAUUAUGGGAACAUUUUUGUUAAAGCUGCCCCUUGAGUGUGGAAUGAAGGUACCAAGCUCCUUUUGGUAUGCUAUUUGUAGAAACUGGUCCUGUUGUCCAGAGCGCUUAAAUGCCUACCGUUUUCAGGUACUGUUUCUUCCCUCAUUUGAUCUUGUGUGGCUCUUCUGUAUUGUAAAUGAUGUUCUGGGGUUUGGAAGUUUUGUUUAAGUUCAAUACCAUUUGAUAUGCACUCAAAGAAUUUCUUGAUGUAGCUGAAGUAUGGUCCAGUUGUAGCUCCCCACAGCCCCAAGAGGAGGAAAAAAGCAGCGUUUGCAGCGGCUCUAGUGUCUGGCAGAUUUACCAAGAGAUGCAUUGACUGACAUAAAUUAAGCAGAUCUGCCUAGAUGAGGAGCAUUGACUGAUCGUACUUAGUAAAAAUUAAAAAAAAAAAAAACAGCCAAACUUUGAGCUUCGUAGUAUAUGUUCUUUGAGGACACUAUCUAAAAUUGUACAUAAUCGGGGAAUUCAGGUAUGUAUUUACAGAGGCUCCAAAUGGCACCUCCUUGAACUCAGCGCAGAUCAAGAACACAUCUUUCACAGCACGUAAAAAACAGGGAGGUGUGCAACGCCAGGGGCGCUGCUAUCCCUAAAUGGCACCAAAGAGAGCAGCUGCAUAUGAAGUGAUUUGUUAUAAUACUGAACACAUUACUGCACUCAUUUCUAUCAAUUUAUUUUGUAUAUAUAGACAGCUUUUUAUAUGCAUUUUUCUUAACUACAUGUAAACUGUCAUGAAAUGUAAUGAAGCUACAAGUUGUAGUUAGUUUUAGCGCUGAUUAAAACUGGUGUUUGGCUGUUUUGUUUUCUGCAGCAAUUACUUGAAUCUUGUUUCCAUUAGGUAGUGAAGUCCAAUAAUGUUUACAGGAUUGCUUGCUUUGUUUUGGGGGGGGGUGUCCCCAUUUUUCUUCCCCAAGACACAGAGAGCACGUGCUCAGCAGUCAGGCAGAUGUGUUGGGAUGACGCACUGGGAUCACCUUUAUUGGCACCAAAGCAUUAAUGGUGACAGGCAGAGUCCCUUCCGUUUACGCUGCCUGGCUGACAACGUACACGCUCAGCAUGUUUCUGAGUUCUCCUGUCCCUUAACCUGUUGCGAUCAGCUUUAUUGUGAGAAACUUCAAUCUUUCUGAACAGCAAUUUACAAUCAAAAAUAGCACAGAAGAGGCAGCAAUCCUGCUGCUCAAAACCUGCCCCCUCUCCAUGUCCGUUUUUUAACUUGGAUGAAUUAAACACCCCUAGGUUAUUGCCGCAAUUAUUUUUGUAUUUGCCAGCAAGGGUCAUCAACAUUUGCACUAAUCAAUGUCCCAGCUGUUCUACUUCCACAGUUAUUCUUAAUUGUGCUGCCUAAACUUGUAACGAGCUGUAUUUAAAGUCGGAGGUGAAGUGUAAAAGGUGUAUGUAAUAAUGACACAUUUGUUGUAAGUUUUUGUAUGUUACAGAUAGGACUAGUCCUAUGCACAGAGAAAACAUGUUGCCAUUUAUAGUUUAAUACUUGAAGUAACUUUUUUAAAUGGGCUUUUAUAAAUGAAUUAAAUACAAAAUCACAUUGCUUUGCCUGGAAGUUCCUUCAUGUUUUAAUUGUAUUGUGCAAUUUCCCCAUAUGUAUGCUUUUCCAUAAAUGUUAUCUUAAGCCGUUUAUAACCAUUGAAAGUGAUUUCAAGAUUUUGUACAUCAGUGUUCAAACCUGUUCGUACUUCUCUGAAGUAUAAUUCAUGUUUAAAUAAAAAAGUUGUACCACUUUAGGCUUCUUUUCCAAAGAGAUAAAAUAUGAAUGGACUUGACACUUUAAUUCAUCAGUGAAUGCAACAUCAACUUAAUAAAUGUAUGUGAAAGAAUCUGAAAAUCGCUUAGCUGUAACAUGUGUGUAUUAGAUCAGUGAGAAAAACUGCCUACCUGGGAAACAUUUUGUAACUGUUCCACAAUUUUUACGCUCCAGCUGCAACAAACCCAAGAUUACACUCGCUCCUGACAUACCUUCCAGGUCACUUGGUCUUGAGAGGGGAAGUAAAAAAAAAAAAAACUCUAACUUGUGGCUGACUGUAUUCCUUCAGGACACUAAGCAAGACUUAGAAAUCAGUGCCGGUCAGCUGUGUUCCUUUUCGAUCAGAAAUAAUCUCUGCAAGAGAGGGCAGUAACACUUAAGUUGAUGCUGACAUGACAAUGACCCUGCCAUUUAAAUUCAACAGUUCUUUCCAAGAAGUUUAAAAAAACUGGAACAUUUUAGAAUCUUCCAUGAGUUCCAGCCUCAUACAGCUAACUUUGUAAUUCUAGUUCACCUUGGUCUUCGCAUGCCUGAUGAAGUGAGCACUGUGCAAGUGCUGUCAGUUGUGUCUCCAGUAUUAAUGUGCACAGAAGUGUCCCUUCAGGAGAGGGACCAGCAAGAGCCAUCUGGUCAGUAACAGCACAUAACCCCUUUCAACAGAGCAGGUGUGUUCUAGCUUUCAAAGGGAAAUUAGUGAAGCUGUAC